AUGUUCAAAUACUUCGUUGUCGCCUUCUGCUGCUUGGCCAGCGCUGCUGCUGCUCCUGGCUAUUUGGGUGGAUUGGCCGCAGGUCCAGCUCUGCCUUUGGCCGCCGCACCGGCCAUCUCCUAUGGCCACGCCUUGGGUGCGCCCUCACUUGCCUCGUAUGGAUUGGGUCCCAGGUAUAGCUAUGCCGCGCCAGCUCUGGCUCACGCUCCACUGGCUGCACCCGCCUAUUCUGCCUAUGGACUUGGACCCAGGAUUAGCUAUGCUUCGCCAGCUCUGGCACAUGCACCACUCGGCCUGGCACAUGCACCACUCGGCCUGACCCAUGCACCACUGGCUGCUCCACUGGGACUUGGCUACAGAUCGUAUGCUGCUCCUGCUCUGAGCCUGGGCCAUGGCUGGUAG